AUGCACAGCCAUCGCCAGUUCGCCAGCCCGUCCGAGUCCGACAGGCUUCCUCCGCUGGUGCACCAUGACGGCGACAACCGCAUCUUGCCGUCACUAAGCAGCAUCACCGGCGACAUUGAGCCGCAUCGCCAUCCACAGCACCAGCACCAUCACAACCCGCCGCCGCCGCUGCAGCCAAACCACUGGCCACCGUCCUUCAAUGCUUCAUCAGCCUCAUCAUUAAACUCGUACCGACAACCACCGCCGUUCCUCGCGCCCGACAGCCCUGCCACAGUCAUGGACGUGGAUGGUUCGGCAAGCAUAGCGAGUGCGACUUCGCCCUCGCCAGAUCGCCUCUAUGAGGGGACACCAACACCGAGCAGCCUCACACUCGACGACCCCGACGUGCGACUUGCGGCCGAAGCACUGGGCGAUUUGAGAGCAGAUUUUGUAUCAUCACCACCCGACACCUCCUCGCUGCCUCCCAUGAGCCCACCCAUCGCUCCGUUCCAGCCUCAGCAGACAAAGCCCAAGUCACCGAAACCCGAGCCUCUAUUAUCGCUCCUCACGACCGCUCACCCCCUCGUCGCAUCUACGAUUGGUGGCGCCAGCUCAGCAUACGGCGGCGCCAAAAACUUUUCUCCGCGAUUCAAGUCGGGCGCCGAAUAUGUCGAGGGCUACUUGACUCCCCUCGCCAACACCGUCAACUCUGUUGGCAGAGUGACUGGCGUGGAGGGAGGCGUACGAUGGUUCCUGGGCUCUGGUCGUCGACACCCAGCGCCAACUUCAGACCCCGACCCGAACGGUUCCAACAAGAGACGAAGGACAGGAGAGAGUAGUAGGAGCAGCAGCAGUGGCGAUCUCCGAGGGUCGCCGGACGCCAACGGCCUUGAUGACUCGUCAUCUGUCGUAUCUUCAAAGACACCUCGCCGUUUAUCGACCGCCAGCACUGUAGACACGCUGCCAGCCUAUGACGAUCUGCGCUCGCCUGCGUACUCUGAGACAGCACCCGCCACUCACAAGCCGCCAAGUAGCCAGCCGUGGCAGACUCGUCUUAUGAUGUCUACAUCGGGAUUGAGUGUUGCCAUGAGCGCUGAGAGCCUGCGUAGUUUAAAGUACUGCUUGCGCUGGCUUCGAUGGACCAACGACCACAUGAAUCGAGCCAUUCUGAACCUGAAGCAUACAUUGGAGGAAUUAGAAAAGGCGGAAAAGAAGGAACAGUCGGAGGGAGAAUCAUCCACAGGCAACUCAGACGAUGCCGGAGCUAUGGAUGUCGAUGGCACGGAAAAGAGCGUACAGAAGCCAAAUCCGUCACGAAGCGAACUCGCCGCCAAAAUUAACAGCCUCAAGGGUGACAUCCUCAAGACCCUUCAAGAUGUCAUCAAUAACGUAUCGAAAUACGCCGGCGGCGCGCUCCCCGAGAACGCUCGAGUGCUUGUUCGCCGCCACCUUACCAGCCUUCCACAGCGCUUCCGCCUUGCUACCAUGUCUGAGAGACAAUCGGAUAACGCCGACAGAGAUAAUGACUCUGCGUUGCGCGAGGGUGCGCAAAAGGUACUAGUGCUGGCCAAGGAGGGCCUCGACAUGGUAACACAGGUGACUGGUGUUUUGGACGGAACGAUUGUGAGCGCUGAGCAGUGGUGUGAGAGAAUGGGAAAGAAGCGAAAGGAUGAUAGAGAGGAGGAACAACCCGCGACUAUGCAACAGGCCGAGUUAAACGGCGACGUAAAGAUGGGCUAA